UCUCGGCAGAAAUAAACGUGCUCGAUGUCGGCGUACGUGAAGGGGAGUGUACCCAGAAGGCCGUGCGCGUGAGAAAGUCCUCAAUAAACCGACCCAGCGCGGCCAUGCCGGAAGGUGGCGGGGUGCGCAUGCGCAGUUGGUCGGCUACGCAUGGUGGAUUGUGGAGGCGACACUAUGUCAGCUGCUUCUCGAAGCCGCCUGUUGCGAAUUGUGCCAAAGCUGAUCAGUCAGCAGGACUUUUGUUUCCACUUCUACCAACGAUCCUGCAGAAAUGUGACCUUUGCUCAAAGCCUCAGUCUAACCACUGCAACAAGUCAAGAAAACGUACAGAAACCUUUGGAAGAAAAGCAAAAAUCUGUCAAAGGUCCAAUUUUGUGCAACACUAGUAAAACCUGGGAAGAAAGGCUGGCUGAUGCUGUGACCCCACUUUGGAGAAUGAACUAUGAGGAGCAGCUACAGGUUAAAUAUGAAGCUCAGAAGAGGACCCUUCAGUUUUUCACUGCCAGCCUUCCUAGUCACUCUGGGAGAGAGGACCUAUGCUGCCCACUGGAUCCAACUCUCCCCUCGCCAGUUACUGUCGGAUAUCGCAACAAGUCUACUUUCUCUGUGAACAGAGGGCCUGAUGGCAAUCCUAAAACAGUUGGACAUUACAUUGGAACUGGCAAAGGGAGAAAUAUUGUUUGUACUCAUUCAGAUCACUUGGUGAAUAUGCCCAAGAAACACAAGCAAGUGGCCAGAAAUUAUGAGCAGUUCAUCCGGCUUUCUCCACUGGAGCCUUGCAUCUUGUUCCAUGAAGGAGGACACUGGCGGGAAAUCACUGUUCGCACCAAUAGGAGAGGAGAUGCAAUGGCUAUUGUCUACUUCCAUCCUCAGGAUCUACAGAAGGAGGAAAUUGCCAAACAUCAGACAUCGCUGGUGGAAUAUUUUACCAUUGGACCGGGAUCUGCGUGUGAACUGACCUCUCUCUACUUUCAGGAAAGUAUGAUGACCCGCUGUCUCCAUGAGCAGUCACCAUACCAACUUCUGUAUGGCGUUCCCUAUAUCUAUGAGGAGAUAUUGGGUCUGACCUUCCGAAUCUCUCCAGAUGCCUUCUUCCAGGUGAAUUCUGAGGGAGCAGAGGUCCUUUAUGAAACAGUUCGUGACCUGAUCAGGGUGGACAGUGACUAUAUCGUGCUCGAUGUCUGCUGUGGUACAGGAGUUAUUGGUUUGACCUUGUGCCAAGGAGCAGCGAGAGUGAUAGGAAUCGAGCUUAUUGAACAGGCUGUAGAGGAUGCCCAGUGCAAUGCUGUUCUUAACGGUAUUGAUAACUGUGAGUUCCUCAAGGGCAAAGCAGAGAUUGUUUUACCGCAGCUGCUGCCCUCACUGGAGGAUGUCAAGUUCCUCAUUGCUGUUGUGAACCCAUCCCGGGCUGGACUGCAUUACAGGGUGGUGCGAGCAAUUCGUAAUUGUGAGCAGAUUCGGCAGCUCGUGUACAUCUCCUGUAAGCCAGAGGGUGAAGCCAUGAGAAACUUUAUUGAACUGUGCUGCCCACCUGACCAGCAGAAGAAGCUGUUCGGUGACCCCUUCACUCCAAGACUAGCUGUACCUGUGGACAUGUUCCCACACACUUCUCACUGCGAGCUUGUGCUGCUGUUUGAGAGAUAAGCCCGCACCCAUGCUUUGAGAAAGGAGAUUGGCUAGUAACUGUAGAGCUGCUGAAAACAAUGUAGCACUGUUGCAGAAGUUAAUCAUUGGUCACUGACUUUGGAGCAUGGUUUGAAAUGGACCCAGUUUGACAGGUCAUGAUAGUUCCUCCAUAUUGGAGUGAUUAGCAGUAUUCUCAUGAAGUUUGAAGUUCAUACCUCCAAUAAAUAGCGAAUGAUUGUUUUUGCAGUUUUCUCUCCAAACUUUUAGAAGAUGUUGUUGAUUUGCUACAUUGCUACAGGAUGACCAAGAACCUGUUGAUUCUUAGAUAUGGAAAUAUGUUGAUUGCAUUUCAAAUUUAAUCAUCUUUUACACAAGAAGAAGUGAGCUAAUCCAAUUGUUCUUGAAAAAUAUUGACUAUCAUUUAUUUUUCUUUGGCCUGAAUAGAAUUGAUUAAAAGUAAAAGUCUUGUUUUAUAUGGACAGGAUGAAAUUUGACUGUAAGGCUCAAUAUUUCCCAGUCUGCAUAUGUGGAGUUGUACUAUAAUCAAAAAAUAAAAGUCAUGUCAUUAUUUUAAUGCAGCACCUCACCAGCAUUUCCUACUGUGUAUAAGGCAGUUAUAUUGAUAUGCUGCAUACCCAAUUUAAAUGGAUCCAUCACGUGAAGCAGACCUCCUGAAGAUAGGUGAAUGAUUGGAUUUUAGAAUAUUUUUCCAGAAUAUUUAAAAAUAAAAGAAAACAAUUUUAUUAUUUA